CCCUCCGUCUGUCUGUAAGUCCGUGUGUCCGUCGGUGCCAGCCGUCCCCGGGUCCCCGGGGAGCCGCGGGCGUGAGUCCUGGUGGCGGCAGCAAUGACAGAGGCCAACAAUAUCCAUGCAGUGACAGAAGGGCCAGAAGGAGAUGAUGCCAAGUGCAGUUUCCAUCACAGAAUGUUCCUGGAACCCCAAGAGAAGAAGAGGAGCAUGAAGGCUCUGCUGGUUAAAAAAGCCAAGAAAACUUGCAGCUGCACCCCAGCCAAAAUUAAAGAUUGUGUUUUGGGGUUUUUCCCCAUCUUACAGUGGCUUCCUAAAUACAAAAUCAGGGAGUAUCUCCUGGGGGAUAUCAUGUCUGGUGUGAUCGUGGGGGUCCUGCUGGUCCCACAGUCCAUUGCCUACUCUCUCUUGGCUGGCCUGGAGCCCAUUUAUGGCCUUUACACCUCCUUUUUCUCCUGCAUCAUUUACUGCAUCUUUGGCACCUCCCGCCACAUCUCCGUGAGCAUCUUUGGGGUGGUUUGCCUGAUGGUGGGACAGGUGGUGGAUCGGGAAGUAGAGAGAGCUGGCUAUGAGCUGGAGCCAGCUGUGCUCAGUGCCCUGCCAGGCCCGGGAGGGCACGGGAUGGGCACCGGGAUCGGGAACGGCACCGGGAACGGGACAGCACCGGAGCCGCUCUGUGACAAAAGCUGCUAUGCCAUGGCCGUGGCUGCCACCCUGACCUUCAUCUCUGGAGUUUACCAGGUGGCCAUGGGCUUCUUCCAAGUGGGCUUUGUCUCCGUGUACCUCUCGGAUUCGCUGCUGAGUGGAUUUGUCACAGGGGCCUCCAUCACUGUCCUGACCUCACAGGUCAAGUAUCUGCUGGGACUGGACAUUCCUCGGAGCGGGGGCGUUGGCUCCCUCAUCACCACCUGGAUCAACAUCUUCAGAAACAUCCACAGGACCAACGUCUGUGACCUCAUCACCAGCUUCUUGUGCUUCCUGGUGCUCAUCCCAGCCAAAGAGCUUAACGAGCGCUUCAAGUCCAAGCUCAAGGCUCCGAUUCCGGUGGAACUCUUUGUGGUUGUGGCAGCCACUCUGGCAUCUCACUUUGGGAAGCUGAGAGAGACUUACGGCUCCAGCGUUUCCGGGCACAUCCCCACGGGGUUUCUGCCGCCGCGCCCUCCAGACUGGAGCCUGCUGCCCAGCGUGGCGUUGGACGCCAUCCCCGUCGCCAUCAUUGGCUUUGCCAUCACCGUGUCCCUCUCGGAGAUGUUUGCCAAGAAGCACGGAUACUCGGUGAGGGCCAACCAGGAGAUGUACGCCAUUGGCUUCUGCAACAUCAUUCCCUCCUUCUUCCACUGCUUCACAACCAGCGCGGCUCUCGCCAAGACCCUGGUCAAGGAGUCCACGGGCUGUAGGACGCAAAUGUCCGGCAUGGUGACCAGUUUGGUGAUCCUCCUGGUCCUCCUCGUGAUCGCACCUUUGUUUUACUCCCUGCAGAAAUGCGUCCUCGCCGUCAUAACCAUCGUCAACCUCCGCGGAGCCCUGCGCAAGUUCAGGGACCUGCCCAAGAUGUGGCACCUGAGCAGGGUGGACACGGUGAUCUGGGGGGUCACCAUGGCAGCCACGGCGCUCAUCAGCACCGAGAUCGGGCUCCUGGUGGGGGUUUGCUUCUCCAUGCUCUGCGUGAUCUUCCGGACCCAGCGGCCAGAGGCGCCGCUGCUGGGCUGGGUGGCUGAAUCGGAGACCUACGAGUCCCUCUCCGCCUACAAGAACCUGCAAACCAAGCCUGGGGUUGUGGUGUUCCGCUUUGAAGCCCCCCUCUACUACAUCAACAAGGAGUGCUUCAAAUCUGCCCUCUACAAGCAAACCGGGGUCAACCCCGUGUGGGUGAAGGCAGCCAAGAAGAAAGCAGAGAAAAAAAUGCUCAGGGAGAAGGAGGCGGGGGCUGGGGACAACCAGAGCAGCAUCCCCGUGGAUUUUGGGUCGGAUCCCGCGGGGUUUCACACCAUAGUGAUCGACUGCUGCGCCGUGCAGUUCCUGGACACGGCCGGCAUCCGCACGCUUAAGGAGGUCUGCAAGGACUACGGGGACAUCGAUGUCCAUGUGCUGCUGGCCCAGUGCAACCCUUCUGUCAGGAGCUCCCUGCUCCGAGGAGAGCUCUUCAAAGAGGGGGAGGACCACCUGCUCUUCCACAGCGUGCACCAGGCCGUGGACUUCGCCCUGGGCACGCAGGGGCACCGUGCUGCGAAGAACUAGCUGGGAAAGAGAGAUUGUGACAAAGCCUGGGCAAACUGAGUGUCUGUGUGUCUGUGCAGUGAUGUGUGUGUGCUCAGAGAGCAGGGCAGGGUGGUGCCAGUACGUUGGCACCCUGCAAUCUCUCUGGGUUUACCUGCCAGGGGUGGGGACUCCAUAGGAAGUACUGAAUGAAGUUCUUAACCCGAUUGUGGCCAACCUGCGAAUCUUAACUUUGCGUGGGGCUGUUCGUCUCAUGUCUCCUCUCUGGAGCUUUCUGUGUCUCGGCUCCACUCUUAAGCUGUGAUCAAGUCUUCUUUGCAGCCCUGUCCUUGUGGAUGGGGUGGGAUUUUUGGAGUAGUCUGGACCUCCUGUCCAGCUGAAGAAUGAGGCAGCUCAUUUCUCAUCCCUCGUUCUGGCAUUGCUUUCCAUCACCACACCCUGGUGUUUGCCAAGCAAUGCCUGCCAGGGACUGUUUGCUCUGGUCUGUACCGGGCAGUGCUUGAUUUUGCAACCUCCCUGAAUUUCAGAUAGAGAAAUCAAAUCCAAACAUGCAGGAAAAGAUCUUAAAGCACCUCUCACCUCCAGUGGUUUUGGCACAAUUCAGCCAGGCCACAAGGGCAUGGUUAUCUCAUUUCUCCACAGGCCUUUACCUGCCUGUGCCUAUGGAAAUGCUGCUUCUCCAGCUUGAUUUUAAUCAUUUUGUUUUUUCAUAGAUGACUCUUCAGACUCUUCUGAUUCAUCCUUAUGGUCAGUCAACCGUUUUCCUAAUAUUUAGGAGCUCUUUGGAAUUGUGAACAUUAGAUAUGGAAAAUAUCUAGUUCUUUAAUUUCAACCAAAGAAAGUCCCUUCUAGGCAGUUUUUUAUGCCAGGCCGAGGGAAUCACAGGCACCAAAGUGAAAAGGGACAAAGAGAUUAUCCAACAUCUGCCCCAACAUGUCCAUACCACUGGACCUUAUUUUUUCUUACCAGAUCAGGGUAAAUAGAGCUUUUUAUUUUGAUUUUAAAUUAUGUGGAAAUAAAGAAUGCCUGCUCUUCAUGCUAAAAUACAAGGGUAGGAAGAGGAUCUCUUUCCUCACAGCAGCAGAAGACAACUGUGAAGGCAGAACUGGGAGAUGAACAGCUUUUCCUGAAUACCAGCUAUACAGCACACAUCCCUGGAAGAGGGUGCUGUCCUCCCAGAGGAGUUUACAAUCUGAAUUUCAGGUGCUUGUCAGCUUUUAAAAGGGAAAGGUGCUGUUUACAGACAACAUUCUUAUCCUUAAUAAUUCAAAAAUAAUGAGUCAGA